CGUUUGAGAAGCAACGUCGAUAAAAUGGCAGAAGAGGCUCCAGCCGCCUAUGCAGCACCAGCUAAAGUGCCCAAAAAGAGGGCAGCAUCCAAGCCCAGAAAAGCGGGACCUAGCGUUGGUGAACUCAUUGUUAAAGCUGUAUCCGCCUCUAAGGAGCGGAGCGGGGUGUCCCUCGCCGCUCUCAAGAAAACACUGGCUGCUGGCGGCUACGACGUGGAGAAGAACAAUUCUCGCGUCAAACUCGCUGUCAAGAGCUUGGUAACGAAAGGCACUCUGGUCCAGACCAAAGGAACAGGCGUCUCCGGGUCUUUCAAGCUGAACAAGAAGGCGGAGGCUACUAAGAAGAAACCUACCAAAAAAGCUGCGCCAAAAGCCAAGAAACCAGCAGCAAAGAAGCCUGCCGCCGCUAAGAAGCCCAAGAAGGCAGCGGCAAAAAAGCCAGCUGCGGCCAAGAAGUCCCCCAAAAAGGCAAAGACGCCAGCUGCCGCUCCUAAGAAAGCCGCCAAGAGCCCCAAAAAGACCAAGAAGCCCGCCACGCCCAAGAAGGCGACCAAGAGCCCCAAGAAAACCAAGGCAGCCAAGCCUAAAGCAGCUAAGCCUAAGACAACCAAGGCAAAGAAGGCAGCUCCUAAAAAGAAGUGA